AUGCAGCGAGGCAGGGUAAGGGCUGCGGGUUGCGGGCCGGGGGCUGCGGGGCGCGGGUGGUGCCGGCGGGUCGCGGUCCUAUCCCCGCUGACGGCGCCGUCGUUGCAGGUGCGGGCGGCGGCGGCGGCGCUGCUGGCGCUGCUCUGCGCGGCGCUGCUCCCGCUCCGCGCCGAGCCCGCCAGGGCGCACAAGCAGCGGCCGGCGCGGACCCGGAGCUGCGGAGAGCGACCCGAGGAGCUGCUGGAGCAGCUGUACGGGCGGCUGGCGGCGGGCAUGCUCAGCGCCUUCCACCACACCCUGCAGCCCGAGCCGCCGGGCCGCCAGCACAACGCCAGCUGCCCCGCCGGGGGACGCCCGGCCGCCGACAAGAGGGUCCGGCUCCCCGUCAACCUGCGCAGCGCAUCGCCCUGGGCUUACAGAAUUUCCUAUGAUCCCACAAGAUAUCCCAAAUACAUCCCUGAAGCAUACUGUCUGUGCAAAGGCUGCCUCAUGGGGAUCUUUGGGGAGGAGAAUUUCCACUUCCGCAGCACCCCUGUGUACAUGCCGACCGUCAUCCUGCGCCGCACAUCCUCGUGUGCCGGGGGCCGCUACGUCUACACAGAGGAUUACGUCACCAUCCCAGUGGGCUGCACCUGUGUGCCUGAGCCAGAAAAGGAGGCCGAAAGCGUAAAUUCCAGCAUAGAUAAGCAAGAGGUGAAGUUGCUGGUGAGCCAGAACAAGCCCUCAUCAGAAUGAAGAACAUAUUAGGGAUCGUGUUACAGUACUGGCCUCACAUUCACACUUCGCCACCUCAGGAAACCGCUACACAGCAGCAAACACACUGACUUGCCCUCUUUUUCUGCUUACAGUUAUUUCAGUUAUAAGAUGGAAAGUUUUGUCCAGUCACUCAGAUCAUUAAAGAUGGUGAUUCGUAUGAAGAACUUCUUUAGUUCAUGUACACUUGUUUAGUGAACUUGUUGAGUUCAUUGUUGCAAAUUCCAAAGUUGCCUUUUUUCUUUUUCUUAGAGCAGAACAUUUUAUCCUUGCUUAUUCACAGUAAAUUUUAGAAGAUGAUGCAAUUGUAAGACAUGUUAGCUAUUAUUAUAGCAGGCUGCUGGUUGUAGAUAUUUUUAAAGAAUCGCUUAUACUCUCAAGUACCCUUAAAUAAAAAUCACAUAGCUGCCGGACAUGUGCCAAAUCAGCAGUUAAAAGGAUAAUUUCUCAGGCUGGGAGAGCCUUCAUUUACAAGCAGUGUUCUUGGCUGUUACAUCUUUGGCUAUUUAAACACUACAGUAAGGAAACCUUUGCUGAGUCAGAGUUAUUAAUGAAACAAUAUUCUAUGUGUUUGCUAUUUUUAAACUUGCCAAAUUGCUAAGAGUACAAAAGUGUUGAGAAAAAACAUGCUAGAAUAUUGUAAAACUGCAGCAGACUUUUCUGAUGUGGACUAAAUCUAAUUACACAGAAAAUAUUAGUUAGAAAAAAUAUACUUUGGGUCCCAAGAAUUCUGUAUUAGAUUUCAUCCAUCACUAACUGCUUAACUGUUUCCUGUGAUAAAACUGUAUUGUACAGUUGAAAGGCCAAAACCUUUUUCAUGUUAGGAGAGGAGAUUCCCCUCUAAAAAAUAAGUGCAGAGGAUAGGCUCCAUCUCAAGUACACUGCAGGUGAGUAAGUAGGGUAGGUCUUAACUUCUAGAUGCUGCAAGGAGUUUAUUGAAGAGAGUCCCAGUCCAAACAAUUUAUACAACUACUCUUACUCAGUUUUCCCUAUGCCACACGUAACAAUCACCUGCAAGAGCUGCUAGUCCAUGGAAGCACCAUCUUCCAUCUGUGCAGCUUACUGCUGAUGGAACUUGAUGGCAAGCCCUAAGCAGGAACCCUGGAUAAACAAAAAUUUGCAUUUCCAGAACAAGAGACUGAAUGUUGACUCAGUGUAGUGAAUGAGAAUCAGGAAUAACCAGGCAUGCCUCGCACAAACAUAAUUCCUCAGAGGGCCACACUAGCCAAAACUGAUCAACCUCUGAAUGCACAGCAGAGUUAUCUUUUACAGUUGAAGGAGCAUGACUGCAAUAUUUUUACAGAAUAAACAUCCUAUGCAGCCAUGCAUUUGCUACAUCAAGAAUCUCAAAACUGGCCUUUAAUUCAUAGUGGAGAAAGUCCCUACACUACACAAACACACACUUUGGAGUGUUGUUGGAUGAAGAAUGGAAAGACUAUGAGCUAACCAGAAUUAACAAGUUAAACAGAGAAUGAAAGUCAUACAGCAACUACUUAUCUUGGUGCACAAUUAUGGACUGUGCUCUCUAUGACUCAGUCUAGCAUAACAGUAUUUUUUCAGUGCAAUUUAUGUAACUUCGUACAAAGCCUAAAAUAGCUUAAUGAAUAAAAGAUUCCCUUUAUGAUGUCA